UUGCAGUGUUAGAAAUCGUUUGCUCGACGGUAGAUUUUGGUUUCCUGGGGAGACAAACAAUGUCAUAAAUGAAGACUGUGGUGAACUGAACUUUAAAGAUUCAACAUCCAUCUGGAAUGGCCUUCCCUGUGAUAUCAAAAUAGCUCCAGCUCACAUUUACAUCAGAACUGAGUCUGCAGAGAGAAGAUGGAGGAGCACAGGGUUCAUGCCAGAAGGAACAGGAGAAACUCUGGAAGUGUCUCUGAUUCACAGACUGCCACCGAACCAGGGAAAUGGAUUCUCCUGGUCUGCAUCAGCUUUGGUCUUCUGUGCAUCAUACAAGCUUCUCUCAAUGUUUAUUUACAUCUUUACCUUCCUCCAGACAUCGACAUGAGCCCAUGUGACAAUGUAACUGCUGAGAGGGACACACUUGAGAAACUCACUGAAAGCAGGACCCAUGAGAUAACUGAAGAAAGAGACAAGCUGAAGCUAAAGCUGCAGGUCAUAGAUAACUACACAUCUGAAGGUUGGAUGUAUUUCCAAGGCAGUUUGUACCUGGGCUCCACCACAGAGCAGAGUUGGCAGGAGAGCCGGAAAUACUGUCAGGAGAGAGGAGCAGAUCUCAUCAUCAUCAGCAGUGACCAAGAGCAGACAUUUGUAAGUACAUUUCGUGGGCACCGAUGGAUUGGACUGACUGCAACCCAGUCCAAACCUAGACAGUGGAGAUGGGUGGACGGAUCUCAGCUCAACACAAGAUUUUGGGCCAGUGGAGAGCCAAAUAACAAACACAAUGUUGAGUUCUGUGUUGAAACCAACUUCAGAGGCAUCGGGAACACCUGGAAUGACCUGAGUUGUUCGGAAAAGCGUCUGUGUAUCUGCCAAAAGAGGCCGACAUUUUAAGGCUCAUAUCAAUAUUUACUUAUACAUCAAAUGACUUAUCCACAUUGUGUGUCUGUGUUUCAUCACAGUGGUAGUAGUAGUAG